AUGACGAUCAAUCCAUCUGACAUUGAUGAUACACAAACGCACAACCACAGGCCAGUAUUUAUUUCCCUUUAUGUGUCGAUUGUAGGAGGUUUUCGUUUCUUCCGGUUUUUUUUUCUUUCUUUUUCUUUUAUUUUCUUUCUUUUACUUUUUCUUGUCUUUUCUUUUUCAUUCUUUUUUCAUUUUGUUUUCUUCCUUUCAUUCUUUUUUCUUAGUUUCUUUUUUUUUUCUUUUUCUAUUUUUCUUUUCUGUUUCCCUGUUUUUCCUUCUUAUUUGUUUUCAUUUCCAUAUGGUUUUCAUUUUUUCUUUCUUCCUUUUAUUUUUUUCUCUUUCGUAUCCCUGUAUUUGCUUCUGUCUUGGCUUCAUUUCUGUUUUUUCUUUUCAUCUUUCUUUCUUUCGUUCUUUCUUUCUUUCUUUUUCUUUCUUUCUUUCUUUCUUUCUUUCUUUCUUUCUUUCUUUCUUUCGUUUCUCCCUUUUCUUCUUUCUUUUUGA